AUGGAGCAACCACAGCCAGACCCGCAGGACCCCACGAUGGCCGCCCCGCCUCCCGCCGCCAUCCGCCCAUUCGACACAAAGACGGACUUGAAACUCGUCCGCUACCUCGUCGGCGCGAGCGUCAUGGAGCCAUCCUCACUCGCGAACCAGGCCGCCCUCUUCACCCCCUACUCCCUCGUGGCCUGCCUCGCCCUCUCGCACUUCCUCAUCACCCGCUUCACCUCGGGCUACCCAGCGCUCAUCCAUAACUACAUCUACCCCAACGCGCCGAAAGCACUCAACCUCGGCUCGACGUACGGCCAAACCCUCGCCGACUUCCUCCUCAUCCUCCCGCUCUUUAUCGCGCCGCCUAUCGCCAUCCUCGCCAUGUUCGAAUGGCGCCAUCGCAACUUGUUCGAGAUGGAGAUGCGCCGCACGAUCGGCGAGGAAGACUUGAGGGACAUCGAGGCGUACUACGACGUCGAGGCCGAGAAGAAGGCGGUCGGUGGCGUGCCGAAGAAGGCAGCGAAGGGCGAGUCGACGUCGCGACCCGAGGAACGCAAGGGCUUCUGGGUCCUCGAGUACGACAACCGCCUCAUUGGUGCCGUCGGACUCGACGGACGCAAGCCCGGCCAGCCGCUCGACUCGGUCGUGGACCACAUCAUCGCCUCGGCCGAGGCGAGCAAGAAGGAGGCAAAAAAGUCGGGAGACAGUCUCUCUGCCGAUACAGUCAGCGCGUCCGCCGAGACGUCUGCGACAGCCGACUCUUCCGCUCGCAACCUCCGCUCGCGCACGAAGCAGACGACUCCCUCCGUCUCCGUUACUCCGCCAACUCCCUCAUCCGGCGCCUCUCCGACCUCGUUCACCCUCGACCCCUCCGCCUCCCUCCCCGAAGGAACCCUUCACCUCCGCCGCUUCGCAACCUCGAUGUCGUUCCGCUCAGCCGGAAUCGAAGACGAGUUGCUCGAUUUCGUCACCAAGUACGCCUUUGCAUCCAUCGACUCGCCCGUCGAACCUGCGAAACAAAUCGUCGUCGCUCUCCGUCCGACGGUGCAGAAGUCGCUUCGCAAAGUGCUCGAGCGACACGGGUUCGAACUCGUUCCGAAGGGUUCGGAACUCGAGGUGCCGAUUGUUGGUGGGCCCGGUGCGGCCGUCGGCAAGAAGCAUGCCAAGUCGAUCGCGGAGAGGUUGUGGCCGCUCGACUUGGACGUCAGGACGAUGGUGCUCAAGCGGUCGACGUGGGAGAAGUCGCAGCAGUAA